CGGAUUCCUCAAGCGCGAGCAAGGGCGACCCUCCGGACUGGGGAUCCUGCUCUGUGCGGUUUACCAUCGGCGUCUUCUCUCUCGUCUCUCCUUUCUCCCUCUGUAUACUGUUACUGGAGGAUGGUCGUGCUAAAACUCCUCUCCGCGAUCCCCUCGUCGUUCGCCAGUCCCCUCCUGGCCAUCGGUUCUAUGCAGGAGACCGGGCUCUUCAAGCGCGAGCGAGGUGACCCUCCGGAUAGGGGAAUAUACCCUACACCACUAUCCGCCGUCGUCGGGCGUCCUUCCUUCGUCUCCUUCUCUUCUCCGGUUCUGUCUGCUUGGAGGACGGUCGCCUCAAAACUCCUUUCCGUGAUCUCCUUGUCGUUCGCCAACACCUCCUUCGACGUGCCCCCAAGAAGACUGCGGUGUUCUUCAAGCGCGAGCAAGGAUGACCCUCCGGACUGGGGACUAUACCCCGCGGCUGUUUUCUGUGUACUUGUAUCUCGGCAACGCGGCUCCUCCUCUCUGGUCCAACUCUUGUCUGUCCUUACGCGGUUUCCUCCGGAUUCAGCCAACUCCUGCCUGUCCUUACGCGGUUUCUCUUCUGGCCCGACUCCUGCCUGCUCGUACUCGGUCUCGGCCUUUAACCAACUUGUGUCUGUCUUUACGGAUCUCUCUUCGACUCGGUCGUCGCCUGUCCUUACUCGGUCUCUACUCCGGCCAACUCGCACCUGUCCUUACGUGGUUUCAAGCUCGAGCACGUCAAUCUGAGCGCUCAUCCGUCCAACUCUUGUCGGUCAUUUCGGUCUCGGUACCCCAUUCGGUCCAACUCUCGCCUGUCGCUACGCGAAUUCCCUGUCUUCCAUCAUCUACUCUCUGUCUCUUUGGCCAACUCCCCCACCGUCCUUACUGGGUUCUCUUUCUCUGCCGAACUCACCCACUGUCGUUACCGGGCUCAAUCUCGCGGACCAA